ACACAAUGGUCGUGGGCGAAGUUGCAGAGGACCCCCUAGCCCAGCUCGUGUGCAUGGUGGGUGUGGAGCAGCAGCAGUGUGCGUAUCUGUUCAGCGACGGAUCACUGUGGGUGCACAGCACGAUACAGGCGCGCGCUCACAGUGGCGGCCGGACACGCGGCGACGUCUGUGGCGUACAGUGCUAUGAACGGCGUUCUGGCGGUCGGCACCAGGGCCGGCGACAUGUUGCUGUUUGCCGAGCAGGCCGGACUACUGCGUGAGACCAGACACCUGCGCGGCAUGCAGAGCUCGGCGAUUACAGCACUGGCGUGGUCGCACGACGGCCACGCUAUAGCAUGCGCGAACCGGUCAGGCCACGUCACGGUGCGCUCGGCGCUGGGCUACGAGCUGAGCACCAGCAGGGUGCGCUCCCCAGCGUGGUUUCUCUGCUGGGGCCGCCUGCGCGUCUUUGCCAUGGGCCAUACAGCCGACGCCCUGCCGCUUGCGCGCGCGUCGCUGGGGUGCGCCGGGGCGGCGGCGGCGGCAGCAGCGGUGGCCAGCGAGGCCACGCGGGUGUGCCUGGUGUCGGACGACAAGCUGCUUCUGCAUGACUGUGGCUUUGGCGUGGAAGCGCCAGGCGACGUGGUGGCGCUGCAGUGGCGCGUUGUGCAGAUGCCCGGCGCCUAUAUGGCCAUGUGGGGGUGGCCGCCGGAGCAUACGGCAGUUUCCGGCGACGGGCUUCACGUGGCUGUGGCCGGCCGCCGCGGGCUGGCGGUAGUCAGCAUCAAGACGGGUGCGUGGCGGCUUUUGCGCACGCGGCAGCAAGAGGCAUCGCUACGCGUCUCGGGGCUCUUGUGGCUCGGCAACCACGUUGUUGCCGCGUGCACCGUGGACGGCCUUCCGCAGCUGCUCUUCUUUGCACGCGGCUCGCGUGGCGCACUGGACCUGGACACUGCGCAUGCUGAGGCGCUAGGCGGCGUUGCCCCGCUGUGCGUGAGCUGCCACGACGCCCUGCUGCUUGUUUUGUGCGCAGACUUGCGUGUCCGGCAGUACGACGUGUUUGCACAGGGUGACUCUCUGCGCGUGUCAUUCAGCCGCAGCGUCGAUGUGCGCGGUGCCAAUGUCUGCUGGCGUCGUGUGCGGUCUCUGCAGUGGGUGCCCGGCGCGCGGUUUGACCGCCGCCCGAUGUUCCUUGUCCAUGAGGGAGCGCGCCUCUGCGUCCUCGAUGGUCUCACGCAGGAGGUGCGCGUGUUGGCUGAGCGGGCUGAGCACGUCAUCAUUAGCGGCGUGCAUUUUGGCAAUAUGCACUCGACCGUGUGGUGGUUUACUGGCUCGGAGCUGUGCGCGGCGCUGAUCAGCCUGGAGGACUUCAUGGACGGGUCGGCCACUAUGGAUGUGCGAAUGCACGUGCGGCCCGAGUUCUACCCCGUGGCCAUUGCCGCCGAUCGCGGGAUGGCCGUCGGCGUCGACCAGGAUUGGACACUGGAGGAGGGCGUCGUCGGGCUGGCGCACUUGCCUGUCAGAGCCAAGCUUUACCUGCCCGGUGUCCUUGAGCGCAUGCUCUCGUUGGGCUUUGAGCAGGACGCGCUUUGUAUGCUGCGUGUUUUGAGCAUUUGGAUUUUUUUGGCCACGCCAUGGAGAUUCUGCUCCACGAAUCCCUAGAGCAAAGGGAGCUGUUGCGUAGGGUUGUGUCGAUGCUGGAGAAUUUCCAAUGCUUUUACGAGGUCGUCGUGCAUUGUGCACGCAAGACGGAGGCUGCGUUCUGGCCCUGUUUGUUUGAGUGCUUGGGUGGCCAGAGGAGUUUUUUCAGCGCUGUUUGGCCGCUGGAAAGCUGGAGACUGCCACGCAGUGUUUGAUUAUUUUGCAGACUCUUUUGGAAGGGCGCGAGGUUAUCGAGCCCAAUGUGCUUUUGCUUUUGCGGAGAGUUGUGGAGGCGGAGAACCGCUCGCUGUGUGUCGAGAUUUUGAGGUUUAUCAAAAUGACCGCAGAGUCUGACACAACUAUGCGCACCAUGCUUGGGCGUUUGCGCGGGCCAAACUCAAUUAGUUAACUUUGUUAAAUGUUUUUUUGCUUUUGUAAUCGUAUUCAUAUAGACUUGUGUAUAUUUAAAACUAC